CGCGCUGUUUGGAACUUUGUUUCAAAAGAACGUGGGGGUGUUGCAUCGCGCCUGAAGUUCUGAAUAAGAUGACGCAUGACGUUCUCAGCAAUGUUUUGAUUCUCUCGAUCGUGACGUCACCGGCAAUACUAUACAAAAAUGGUUCCUACUUAGUUUGGCAUCGGAAGGCAAAGUGUUUUCAAACUUUAAAUGGUACAGUUUCGACAAAAUGAAGGGCUAAAUUGGUAAAACUGGCGAAAGCUCCAAAAAAAUGGAGGCGCAUGCAGAAUCUGGACGCAGACUGCGCACCAUCAGUAGGAGAAUGUACGACGAAAACGAAGACCUCUCUGAUGUGGAGGAGAUCGCAAACAUCCGAAGUUUUAAUUUGGAAGAGAAGCUUAGAAGCGAAUCUUACAACGCCAGCUAUGUGAUGUCGAUGGAAGGAAAAGAUUUUACCUAUGGUUACGUGCAAAGGGAAGCACUCCGGGUUCCUCUCAUAUUUAAAGCCAAAGAUGGACUGGGGAUAAAUAUGCCAGACAGUGACUUUAACGUCAGUGAAGUUAAAGGACUAGUAGGAAGCCGUCGAGCGGUGGACGUGAUGGACGUCAGCACCCAGAAGGGGACGGAGAUGAGCAUGGCGCAGUUCGUCAGAUAUUACGAGACCCCCGAGGCUGAGAGAGACCGGCUCUUCAAUGUCAUCAGCCUGGAGUUCAGCCACACUAAACUGGAGAACCUGAUCAAGCGGCCCAUUGUGGUUGAUUUGGUCGACUGGGUGGACAACAUGUGGCCACAGCACUUAAAGGAGAAACAGAUUGAAGCCACAAAUGCCAUUUCAGAGAUGAAGUACCCCAAAGUUCAAAAGUACUGCUUGAUGAGUGUGAAGGGCUGCUACACUGACUUUCACAUUGAUUUCGGGGGCACAUCUGUGUGGUACCACAUUCACAGGGGAGGGAAGGUGUUCUGGUUAAUUCCUCCAACGCCUCAUAAUUUGGAGCUGUACGAGGAGUGGGUCCUGUCCGGGAAGCAGAGCGAUGUGUUUCUGGGAGACCGAGUCGAUGGGUGCGAGAGGAUUGAACUGAAGCAAGGAUACACGUUCUUCAUCCCAUCAGGAUGGAUCCAUGCAGUCUACACUCCGGAGGACACUUUGGUGUUUGGAGGCAACAUUCUGCAUAGCUUUAACAUUCCCAUGCAGCUGACCAUCUAUGAGAUUGAAAACAGGACAAAGGUUCAUGCCAAAUUCCGCUACCCUUUCUACUAUGAGAUGUGCUGGUAUGUCUUGGAGAGAUACGUGUACUGCUUGACUAAACGCUCUCAUCUCAUCAAGGACUUCCGGAGGGAUUCAAUGCUAAUUGAUGCAGAGAGGAAACCGAGCACAGAGAGCUUCUCUUCGGAUUCUCGACUAGACAUGGACGAGGAGUCGGGCGACGCCCAGGUGACAGAGGAGGGGCUGGAGAAGAGCGUCCGGUCCUCGCUGGACGACUCCUGCUCCCCAGAGACCAAAGACAAGAAACACAAACCAUCGGGUGGCGGUGGUCGCCACUUGAAACGGACUCUGUCAAACGACUCGGACGACAGCACCAAGUCAACCACGCCGCUGGACUUUCCCAAGACUCCGUCGGGAUCCCCCGUUUCAGAAGCGUCAAACAAGUGGACCCACCUGACGGAGUUCGAGCUCAAAGGGCUGAAGGCGCUGGUGGAGAAGCUGGAGUCCCUGCCGGAGAACAAGAAGUGUGUCCCUGAGGGGAUCGAGGACCCGCAGGUGCUGCUGGAGGACAUGAAGGUUGUUCUGAAGGAGCACGCAGAUGACGACCCCAAGCUGGCUAUUACGGGGGUGCCUGUGGUGUGCUGGCCCAAGAAGACAGUGAAGCAGAGGGGUGGGGGGAGGCCGAAGGGGAAGCUGGGUGCCUCGGCGGCGGUCAAGCUGGCCGCAAACAGAGCCUCUGCGGGGGCGCGGCGGAGGAGGACGCGAUGCCGCAAGUGUGAGGCCUGCCUGCGGACCGAGUGCGGGGAGUGCCACUUCUGCAAGGACAUGAAGAAGUUCGGGGGUCCGGGCAGGAUGAAGCAGUCCUGCAUCAUGAGGCAGUGCAUCGCGCCUGUGCUCCCCCACACCGCCGUGUGUCUGGUCUGUGGAGAGGCUGGCAAGGAGGACACUGUGGAGGUCGAGGAGGACAAGUUCAACGUCAUGCUGAUGGAAUGUUCCAUUUGUAACGAGAUCGUGCACCCUGGCUGCCUGAAGGUGAAGGACGCAGGCGGAGUGGUGAACGACGAGCUUCCCAACUGCUGGGAGUGUCCGAAAUGCAACCAUGCCGGGAAGACAGGGAAACAAAAGAGAGGUCCAGGGUUUAAGUACGCCUCCAACCUGCCUGGAUCACUGCUGAAGGAGCAGAGAGUGAGCCGGGACACCAAGGAGGAGACGGAGGCUGCCGCGCCUGCCAGAAGGAAGGUGGAGUGCGAGGAGACUCCCAAACGCAAAGCCCAAGAGGAGCCGGCCAAGAAACGAGCGCCUCCAACGCCAGACGCCCUGCCCAGGAGGAAAACUGAUGAGGGGCCGCUGAGGAGGAAGAGGAGGCAGUUUGAUGACAGCACCGAGCCCAGCAUCAGGAAAAAGCUGAAACUCGUAAAGGAGUUCAGGAGAAAGAGGAGAUCUUGGAAGACCCCAGACGACCGCGCACUGAUUCCCAAACCUCUGCGGCAGAUCAAAACCGAGCCGGAGGAGGAGGAGGAAGAAGAGGAGGAGGAGGAGGAGGAGGAAGAGGAGCAGGAGAGGGAGGAGGAAGAGGAAGGCUGCUGGGAGGGAGGGGGGGAUCUCUCCGAUCGCACCCUGAAGACGAGAGAGAGCGACCAGUCCCGCUCCAGCUCUCCGCGGGCCGGGCCCAGCAGCGAGGGAGGCAACGAGCCCCACGAGAAGGGCAGGCUUCGGGCGCGGCGGAAACGCAGGCUGGCCAACAAGGAACUGAGCAAAGAGCUGAGCAAGGAGCUCAACCUGGAGAUCCAGAAGACAGAGGACUGCCUGGCCCACGAGAACUGCCAGGCGCUGAAAUCGGAGCCGGAGAGCGAGAGCGAAGAGCCCAAGAGGAACAAUGGCAGCAGCAGGAGCGCGCGGCUGCACAGGAGCGCCCGGGAGAACGGGAACACGAGAGAGCUGAGGAACCAUCGCCGACUCCAGCAGCUUUCCCCCCCCAGCACCCCCGUGUCUCCCGUGUCUGCCCGCCCCCCCUCCUCUCACUCCCCCCCGAAGUGCAUGCAGAUGGAGCGUCAUGUGAUCCGGCCGCCGCCCAUCAGUCCGCCUCCCGACUCCCUGCCGCUGGAAGACGGGGAGGUGCAUGUGAUGCGCAGGGAGGUGUGGAUGGGCGUGUUCGGGUACCUGUCCCACAAGGAGCUGUGUGUCUGCAUGAGAGUCUGCAAGACCUGGAAUCGAUGGUGUUGUGACAAGAGGUUCUGGACAAAAAUCAAUCUGAACCGGUGCAAAUCAAUCACUCCUCUGAUGCUCAGCGGCAUCAUCAGGAGACAGCCUGUGACCCUGGACCUCAGCUGGACGAAUAUAUCAAAAAAACAAUUAAGCUGGCUCAUUAAUAGAUUACCAGGUCUGCGGGUGCUGCUGUUAUCGGGGUGCUCCUGGGUGGCAGUGUCUGCACUUUGCACGUCUAACUGCCCCUUGCUGCGGACCUUGGACGUCCAGUGGGUCGAAGGGUUAAAAGACACUCAGAUGAGAGACCUGCUCUCGCCCCCAACUGACAACAGACCAGGUCAAAUAGACAAUCGGAGUAAACUGCGGAAUGUUGUAGACUUGCGUCUGGCGGGAUUGGAUAUUACGGACGCUUCGCUUCGUCUUAUAAUCAGACACAUGCCUUUACUUUCCAAACUGGAUCUCAGUUACUGUAACCACAUAACUGACCAGUCUAUUAACAUUCUAACUGCAGUGGGUACCACCACUCGGGAUUCCCUAACAGAGAUUAAUCUGUCAGUUUGCAAUAGGGUUACUGACCAGUGCCUGACCUACUUCAAACGCUGUGGAAACAUCUGUCACGUUGACUUGCGGUACUGCAAACAAGUGAGCAAGGAAAGCUGUGAACAGUUCAUAGCAGAGAUGUCUGUAAGCGUACAGUUUGGACUGGUAGAGGAAAAACUACUGCAAAAACUGAGCUAGUUAAUAAUGGACAUUUUAUAGGACUUAAAAACAAAACAAACAAACAAAAAAAAAACUGGAAUCAUUUCAGAUGGAGCAGCAGCACAUGCACACUCUGAAAUUCAAUUACGUUUUAAACUUCACGGGAUUAUUCACGUAUUGAGCGAGACUUAAAAAAAAAAAAACUAAACAAAAAAAACAAACAUGCAUUUAGUUGCAACUGAAGAUUCAAGAUCAGAGUUCAUACUAGUCUACAUUCUGGAUAUUAAACAAGUUCAAGGAAAUGGAUGCAUACUGUUGUACUGUCCAAGUUUCAGAUGGGCUUUUAUAGCUUGUACAGACACUGGGCAAAACUUGGCUUUGUGGAAUGAAUGUCAAUAAAAGCAUGUCUUUUGUACUGUUAA